CUCCCUCUCUCUCUCUCCCUCUAGGUGGAGAAGAACGAGGAUGCGGACCAGAAGAUCGAGCAGGACGGCGCCGUCCACAAACCCGAGGACAAGGCCCACAAGGCCGCCACCAAAAUACAGGCCAGCUUCCGAGGACACAUAACCCGGAAAAAGAUGAAGGACGGCGAGGAGGAGGAGGAGGAGAAGGAGGGCAACGCCCCGGCCGUGCCCGAGGAGGGCGAGGAGGAGAAGAAAGGGGAGGAGGAGCAGAAGGCCGCCGGAGAGGAGGCGCCCGCCAAGGUGGAGGAGCAGAAGGCCGGAGGGGAGGAGGUAAAGAAGGAGGAGGAGACGAGCCAAGCCAAGAGCCCCGCCGCGGCCGAGAAGCCGGCUAACUCCCCGGCCCCUGCCACCGCCGCCGCCACCGCCGCUUCCCCCGUAGGCGCGGCCCCCUCCCCCACGGCCGCCAGCGCGCCCUCCGAACCCCAGAAAGAGGAGCCCAAGGUGGAGGUGAAGGCAGAGGAGGCUGCGGCGCCCGCCAAGACUCCCACGGUGGCCACCCCCGCCGAGGAGAAGAAGGAGGAGGAGAAGAAGGAGGUGGUGGAGGAGGCCAGACAAGCCGACGUGCCUGCUGCUGUCAGCCCGACAGCUGAGAAGGAAGAGCCAAACCAAACAACCGAUAAACAAGAUGCUGUAGAGGAGUCUAAAGUAGAGGAGGCCGCCCCAGCAGCCCCAGCGGAGGCCGACGAGCCCAAGGCUGAUUAAGAGGAGGUUUAGAUGUAGAAGGAGGAGGAGCAGGAGAAGAAUUAACAUUAUGAUUAAGACAAAAACAAAAAUCUAAAAAGGUUGCUCUGUUUGCCUUCCCAAUGUGAGGGCCAGUGCGUUUAUAUUUGUUUGUCAAUUUUUGUGUGGCAAUGAUUUUCUCAUGUUGGGGGAGUUUCCAGCGUGAAGUUUUUUGGCUCAAGCUAAUAUGAAGAGAGAAGUCAUAGGAGGAGGAGGAGGAGGAUGAUGAUGAUGAUGAUGAUGAGGAUGAUGAUGAUGAUGAUCAUGAUCAUGGUGAUAAACGUGUAUUUAUUAAUUGUUACAUCAAAGGUGAUGCUCAAAGAUGGUAACUAUGAUUUGGGAAGUCUUCGCUACGUUUUGUGAGUGAACUAGCGGUUGAAUGAAUUGGCCCACCUGGAAAUGCACACAUUUUACAAUGCAUUGCAACUGUACUGUAACCGAUUUGCAUUGCGAUGCACUUUCCUAAAAUACAUUUUUACAACACAAACCUUCAACACAAGCCUGUAAAACAUGCAACAGAAAAAAAAAUACACCAAACAAACGCGGGUAUCCCGAGAUGCAACUCCAGUUUUCAACGCCAUGUAGGUGCCCAGAAAACAAAUCAAAUAUAAUGUACCGUCAAAACAAAGGAUGCUAAAUUGAAUGUAAUAAUAAAUGUGUGACAUUUCCAUUGGGCUUCCUCUGUCCAAGAUUCCGAAAUUGAGAAAAGACCAUCCAUAUAAAGACGUCGAGUCGUUUUAUGCUCUCACUUCUGCUUGAAUCACUCAAGCUCUGUUUACACCCUGUUUCAUGAAACACUCUCAUACUAACAGUCAAGGACAUGUGGCCAUGGGAAAGACAAGAAUGUGUUGUUAACCAUGCAGGUCGGCCAUUGUAUUGAGCUGCUGACACCGUAUAUUACAACCCGUGUCUGGCCAAACGGACAUAAGAGUAGGCUACAGUAGCAUGAACCAUCGAACCAAAUGCAUGAUGGGAACUCUCCCUCUGAUGGGGAACUUUUUCCGCAGUCACAAAACCUUAAAGAAAGUGUUGCGGCUUCUUUUUGAUGUCUUUGGUGUUGUUAUGACAGUUUGAUAUGAAUUGGAAAAAUACAACUUGCACUGAUGUUAAGAAAAAAAGUAAAAAGAAAAUCAAGCAAACGAGCAAACAAAAAUACUUUUCCUAUGUUUCAGUGAGUGCAAUGUCCAGUUUCAACCUUAACCAGGAGUUUAAACUUGUGAGAAAAAAACUAAAAUGGUUUCAAUGUCUGUUUUCAAAAUAAAGCAAAUGUGCCAAUUACCAUCA